AUCCUCCUUUCUCAUGAGUGAGUGAAAUUAGAGGUUUUUGGUAACAGAAUUACAAGGCAAUGUAAUCUAAAGUAAUCUAAAAAACAAAAUAUAAGUGUUGAUAUUAGUUGGCAGAGGUCUUUACAUGAUUGUUUUUGAAUGUAUUUCUAAUACCUUUUCAUACUUUUUCAGGUAGAUGUUUUCUAAGACCCAUUUUCUAUCUGUUGGACCAGAAAUCAAAGCCUUUGCUUAUUCCACAUUUUUAGGGUGAAAAUGGUUGGAAAAGGUAUAUAUGCCUUAAUUUGUAAAAUCAUAGACUCUUAGCUUUCAUUUGCCACCAAAUUUGACAUGUUCACAUGUUGCGCCCAUGGGUCCUUUUCAGAUGAAAUGCCUUCUGUACCGUAUCUACUAGCACACAGCAGUUGAAAGAGACUAUCCAGGAUGACUGACAGAAUUAUUCCUCAUCUUAACGGUGGAUAUUCACCUUCAUCUGCAUCUUAUCCAUAUUAUAACCCUCAAUAUAUUGUUUUUAUAAAUUAUAUUGAUUACUCAUAGGCUACCUUUUGAAGCUGAACUGCAGUAACAGAUAGACCGCCUGGGAGUAGGCCUUUGUGAGAGAACAGCAGGCUGAAGGCAGGCAACAGGCCGAGACAGAGAGAGGGCUCCUGCCUCCUGCACUGAGGGCCAGAGGCAGCUGAGUUGAGGGGAUGGGAGGAGAGAGAGAGAGGGGGUGUCAUUAGGGUAGUUUGUAAUUAUGUCUCUCUUUGUUUAGAGGGCCUGUGACAGGGAUGAAGUGAGGGGGAGGUCUUGCUGCUGAAAAAAUGUUGUGUGUCAGUUUGAGCUCAGGAUUCUGGGAUACACACAGGAACACAGCUGACAGAGUUUGCCAACUGACUCUAUACCUCUGAACAGGACUGAGAAGAGCAGUUGAACAGGUAGAUGGAGAAGCAGCUGACUAUUGGCCUGUCUCUGUUGCUGGGGCUCCUCCUAGUCAUGUCUGAGGUGGGGGGGCGAAAGGAAGAGUCCCAGAAGCGCCCGUCCCGCUCCUCAGAGCUAAAAGCAGGCCGCUGCUCCUACACCUUUAUCGUUCCCCAGCAGAAACUGAAGGGGGCGCUGUGCGUGAGCACCGAGUCCACCACCGGAGCCUCCAACCACUCAGAGGUAACGGCUCUGCGGGGUGAGUUCAGCCGUCAGCAGGAACAGCUGGAGAAGCUGAGGGGCCAGCUGGAACAGGAGGGGGCCCUGGUUACGGAGGUACGGGCACUACGGAAAGAGAGCGGCAGCAUGAACUCCCGCAUUGCCCAGCUCUACGCCCAGCUGCUGCACGAGGUUAUGUACAGGAAGGACCAGGUGAUCGAACAGAGGCGGGUCGAGAACCUACUGCUCAACGUCACCGCACAGAUGCUGCAGAUCUCCACUAGUUACAGGGAGCUGGAGAAGAAGUAUGGAGCCCUCACCUCCAUGAUGAGCAACCAGAGUCAGCUCAUCGUCCGGCUGGAGAAGCUGUGCCAGGCCACCAAGAACACUACCCCACCUCCACAGAUGACCUCUGAACCCCUGAGUAUCCAGUCCAGUGGGCGUCUGAAUGACAGCUCACAGUCCAAGGAGAGGGCUAAUGAUGUUCAGAGAGACCAGGGUGCCCCUCCACUACAGCCACAGGAGGAGAGAGAACCCCUGCAGGGGACAAAGGUGCUCCCCACCAACAUGGCCGACACCCCUACCGACGCCCCCUUCAUAAGCUUCCCUGUCACUAAGACCCCAGGACCCUGGAGGGACUGCCAGCAUGUGCUGGACUCGGGCGAGACCACCAAUGGGAUCUACCUGCUGCGUCCACAGAGCGCCAACCGGCUUCUGCAGGCCUGGUGUGAACAGACCAAGGCCCAGGGAGGCUGGACCGUCAUCCAGAGGAGACAGGACGGAUCAGUCAACUUCUUCAGGACCUGGGAGCAGUACAAGCAAGGCUUUGGGAACCUUGAUGGAGAGUACUGGCUGGGUCUGGAGCACCUCUACUGGCUGACCAAGCAGGCUCACUACAAGCUUCGGGUGGCCAUGGAGGACUGGCAGGGCCGCCAGGUGUUUGCAGAGUACGACAGCUUCCGCCUGGAGCCUGAGAGUGACGGGUACCGUCUGAGGCUGGGGGAAUACCAAGGCAACGCCGGAGACUCAAUGUCCUGGCACAAUGACAAAGCCUUUACAACUUUGGACAAGGAUAAGGAUGCUUAUUCAGGGAACUGUGCCCACUUCCAGAAGGGGGGAUGGUGGUACCACAUGUGUGCCCACUCCAACUUAAACGGCGUGUGGUAUCGAGGGGGUCACUACCGCAGCCGCUACCAGGACGGGGUUUACUGGGCAGAGUUCCAUGGGGGCUCCUACUCCCUCAAAACAGUCACCAUGAUGAUCAAACCCACCUAACCUUCUUCCCAUUAGAUAUACACCACAGGAGGUUGGUGGCAUCUUAAUUGGGGAGGACGGGCUCGUGGUAAUGGCUGGAGGGGAAUAGUUUCAAAUGUGUUUGAUGCCAUUCCAUUCACUCCGUUCCAGCCAUUAUUAUGAGCCGUCCUCCCCUCAGCAGCCUCCUGUGUUAUACACAUGUCAAUCAUGCAUCACAGCAAUAUUAUGGUUCCUUCAUGGAUGAGGAAGGAUGUUAAUGAAGUUCUUAUAUGUUAAACAGGUAUGUUAAUAAGACAGCGUUAGACUGACAUGCCAACACAACAUGUGGAAUUGUUUUCUAAUGGCAAUGUAUUUAUUUGAUAAAAAAUUGCAAAACAAUGUUUGAAGAUUACACCACAAGGUGAAGUAGGAGUCCGUUUAUUUUGCUAAUGAGAACUGACGUUGUGGUUUGAUGCAGUGGUGUAAUGUACUUAAGUAAAAAAUACUUUAAAGUA